AUGCCAGGCCAUCUCCAACAUCUCCAACACCUCCACCUCUCCGGCCUAACCCCCUACCCCACCGCCCAAUCCCUCCAGCGCCACCUCGGGUUCCGCACAGCUGAUCCAGGGGUAUGGGUGAACCCUAGACACAAUCGGAGUGUUGCUGGACAAGAGGGAGGAGAAAAAAAAAUCGCAGCCCUCGGCGUGCAUCUCCGGCGCAACGUAACGAGCUACGGCGUCGGCUUCAACGUUAGCACAGACCUUCGGUGGUUCGAUCGCAUCGUCGCCUGCGGGAUCGAGGGGAAAGGCGUUACCAGCCUUGCUGAGGAAGGGGUUAUGGAGAAGACGCUGGGGGAGGUUGCGGGGGUUUGGGUGGAGGAGUUUGGGGAGGAGGUUGGGGCGGGGGUGAGGGCUGUGGAGGUGGGGGAGGUGUUGGAGCAGUUGGGGGUAAGGAGUUUGGAGGACCUGGAGGGGAAUGGGGAUGCUAUUUAG